GGAUACACACUGUGGUCCAGUCAUACUCAACUGAGCGGACUACACAUCACUCUGUCUCACUCUGCAUGUCUACUCUACAGCUCAAGCAUCAAAGUAUGAAACACAGGCGGCUGUUGCUUCCCCUGCCUCUCUUACCCACCAUUACUGAGACGCUCGAGGACUUGCCUGUCCACUCUGCAUCCUCUCAAACUACCCAGAGCUCCCAGUCUCUGGAGGACUACAUGAGUAGCAUCCAGGCCCUCGCUUGCCCUGCUGAGGCCCCGAGCUGCGGCCCCGUCAGACUCCAGAGGCCCCCCAGGCUGAGGCAGCUCUCAAAGGCUCAGAUGAAGCUGUCUGUCUCAUCCUCGUUUCCUCGCGGCUCUCCCCGCACACUAAGGACUUCCAGACAUUACAGUCUGAGUCUCAACAGCGGAGCAGAGGAUUUUUCUCUCAAGAUGAGCAGAGAAAAAGACUGCAGGGGCAAAGAUCCAGUAGACUGGCUGUUUGGACAGAUAAGGACUUAAAGAGAGACGUACUUUGUUUGGAACGCCCUGAAGGCACUUUGCUGGAAUAUCUCAUAAUCAAACAAGGUUGGAAGAACCUGCUCUGUUUAUGAAGAUAAAAACAAUGUGUGAUGGGAACUAUUAUGAUGGCUGAACAAAGACAAAAUCACCAAAGGGCCCGAUGGAAAAGUUUAUUUAUUUCUAUGCACUGAGGACUACAUGUCUACAUGUUUACAUUUGAAGUUUUGUAAA